AUGACCCCUUCUCCUAAGAGUGUUUGUUGUUACUGAGGCCAAGUGCUCAAAAUGAGAGGGGAUGCUUGGUAGGAUUUUUGUUUAAAAUGUAUUUAUUCACUUUCUAUACCACCCUUCCAAAAAUGGCUCAGGGCAGGUUUACACAGGGAAAUAAUAAAUAAAUAAGAUGGCUCCCUGUCCCCAAAGGGCUCACAAUCUAAAAAGAAACAUAAGAUGGAGCUACUGUGCUGAGGCUGGAUAGGGCCAGUUACUUUCCUCCUGCUCAAUAAAGAGAAUCACCACGUUAAAAAGUGCCUCUUUGCCAAGUUAGCAGGGGUUAUUUCAUAUAUUUAUUUUUUCAUUCAAUUUUUAUACACUCACUGUGUCUCCAUGAGGUUUUCCAAAAAAUUAAAAACUACUCUUAAAGACUUAACGUGAUUAAAAGUGUUAAAACAAUCCAAUUGAUAGCAAUGGAUUAUUUUCAGCCAGGAAGUAAAGGCUUAACUUACUUUUUGGAGGUAACAUAAGCUGGGGUGUGUGUUGCCUGGCAAGCAACCUUGGACAUGCUAAUCAAUUCUUGCAUUCCAGCAGGCUGACUUCCUCUAUCCCAGCACAUCUAGCUUAGCUGUCUCAUCCAGCACGAUUAGGUUUCACUACAUUUUUCUGUCUGGAUUUUUCAGAACCAGCUCUGCUAACAUCACCCACCAUCUUAUAGGAAGCUGCCUUAUCCCAGAUCAGACCAUUUAGCUCACUGUUGUGGUGUAGUGGUUAGAGUGCUGGACUAGGGCCGGGGAGACCCGAGUUCAAAUCCCCAUUCAGCCAUGAAACUAGCUGGGUUACUCUGGGCCAGUCACUUCUCUCUCAGCCUAGCCUACUUCACAGGGUUGAUGUGAGGAGAAACCUAAGUAUAUAGUACACCGCUCUGGGCUCCUUGGAGGAAGAGCGGGAUAUAAAUGUAAAAAUAAAAAUAAUAAAUAAAAUAAAUAGAGCCUGGUCUUGAGGAGGGCCUCUAAUGUGAAGAGAGAGAGAACAAGGGCAGCCCUGAUGUGUACUGCUUGUAGAAGGGUUUUUUGGGGUUUGUUUUUUUGCAUGACGCUGUUUCCCAUACAUGGCAGAGUCCAACUGGGAACCAGAAAUGCCUUUCAACAUAAUAACUUCAGAUCAGGUGUAUAUAGUAAAUCUGGGCAGCAAUAAUCAGAUUGUCUCUCUUUCCUUUUCCUUUUCUCUCUCUAAUGUUUCUUUGCCUUCUUCCUUGUAGCUUUAGGCCUCACCAGGCAAUAGCAUGAGUGAUUCUUGCCUCUGGGGACUCUUGAUGGAGGUACAUGGGGAGCAGGGGGGUCCCAAGUCCUCUCUCCAGCCCUCUUGUAGCCUUGUCUGCCCUGCAGCAGCCACAGAAGAACGAUGCAUCCCAAGCAGCACGGCCACUGCAAUGCUCCCUAUCAAUCAGUCCCCCCCUCUAUAGGAUGAGGAGCCUGGAAGUGGCUGGAGCCAUUUUGCAGGGCGCUGUUGGCAGGGCUACAGAUGUGCUUGGUGGUCUCCCAGAUGUCACCCAUUGGAGGCAGCCAGCAGAAAGCAGAGCCCGAGCUUCUUCCUCGCACCUGAAGGGCUGCCUCACUCCUCUCCCCCAGCCCCUUCUCAUGAGGUGCAGUGCCUGUGGUACCACUGCCACCCUAUGUGGGAAGGCAAAGGUUCCAAAACACAGGGGAGGAAGCAUUCCCGUUUCACGGCAAAGGCACUCUGUUCAUGUCCUGGGAGAGCGUUGCACUCGGGUCCUUUUCAAGAAACCUGCUUUCUUCUAUAAGAAUUCUGCCCAAGCUCUGAGGCACACAGCCUGGGUGGGGGGGAUAGCUCUCUGAGCAUGUGCAGAAUCCCUUUCUAAAGUCACAAGUGCCAGGAGCUGGGACUGCCCGAAGAGUUAAUUGGCUGUGCUGUGGGAAGAGGGGCUUCUGGCUGGUGGGCUGUAAAGCUUCACAGGGGGAGGGCCUGGACUGUAGAGUUUUCUAGAAGACAGUCGCAUUCGUGAUCAGUGUCCUUUGCCAUUUACUACACCAGUGUUUUAAAUAUGAGGUAAUGAAUGACCUUUGAGGAGCUGGUGGUGCAUUUCACUGAGGGGGAAUUGCUGUAUCCAGACCCAAGAGCUCUGCACGAGGAAGUGACGGUAGAGAGUUUCGGCAACAUGGCCUCCCUGGCAGGUGAUAGAAAGGACCAUGAGGACAAUAUGAGACUGUGUGGGCUAUUUUUGGAAGCGACCAAUGAUGAAGCAGCAGAAAAGGCCUCUGGGAAACAAAAUGGAUCAAAGAGGCGGGAGAUAAACCAAAGGGACUUCCAUGAAAUUCCAGCCCAGCAUGCAUAUUACAAAGGUGGUAGAAGAAAUAAGUCCCGUGUUUCUACAGAGACCAGCCGUAAACCAAGCUUUAAAAUAAAUCACAGGAUUCACACAGCAGAGAAAACAGACAGAUGCUUGGCAUAUGGAAAGGGCGUCAUUCAAAACACACAGUCCCCUUUGCAUCAAAGAGCCCAGAGAGCAGAGAAUGCUGGGAGUCAGGGUGGAUCAAAGGCACAGGAUGUUAACCAAACAAAGAAUAAGAGGAACACAUCUGAUGCUUGUCAGGGUGGGAACUUGCAUGACAUUCCAACUGAGGAAGAAAAAACAGAUGAAAAGAGGAGGAGUAAGUGCCAAAUAUGUGGAAAUACCUUCAGUCGUAAAUCAAGCCUUAAGAGACAUCAAAAUAUCCACACAAGAGAGAGACAAUACAAAUGUGGAGAUUGUGGUGGCAGCUUUCGUCAAAAAGCAGAACUUGUUAGACAUCAAUCAGUUGACACAGGAGAGAACCUAUAUAAGUGCUUGCAAGGUGGAAAGAGCUUCAGCAGUAUUGGAAAUCUUACUGUGCAUCAAAGAACCCACACAGGAGAGAAACGAUAUGAAUGCUUGGAAUGUGGAAAGAGCUUCAGAACAAGUAAAAAACGUACUGUGCAUCAAAGAACACACACUGGAGAAAAACCAUAUAUAUGCUUGGAGUGUGGAAAAGGCUUUUGUGUGAGUGCAGGGCUUAAGUCACAUACAAAGAUCCACACAGGGGAAAAAUCAUAUAAAUGCUUGGAAUGUGGAAAGAGCUUCAGUCACAGCUCAGGCCUCACUACACACCAAAGAAUCCACACAGGCGAAAAAUCAUAUAACUGCCUGGAAUGUGGAAAGAGCUUCAGUCUGCGCCAAAGCCUCACUUUACAUCAAAGAAUCCAUACAGGGGAGAAGCCAUAUCAAUGCUUGGAAUGUGGAAAGAUCUUCCGUUACAGCUCAAGUCUCACAUCACACCAAAGAAUUCACACAGGGGAAAAACCCUAUGAAUGUAAGGAGUGUGGAAAGAGCUUCAGUCAGGGUUCACAUCUGGUUUCACAUAAAAGGAUACACACAGGUGAUAAACCAUAUAAAUGUUUGGAGUGUGGAAAAGGCUUCACCCAGAGCUCACACCUUAAGGAGCAUAAGAGAAUGCAUACUGGGGAGAAACCGUAUAAAUGCUCAGAGUGUGGAAAGUGUUUCCGUUUGAGCAUAUGUCUUACUUUACAUCUAAGAACUCACACCAGAGAGAAACCAUAUAAAUGCUUUGAGUGUGGCAAGAGCUUCAGUCAGAGCUCAGCCCUUUCUACACAUGAAAAACUCCAUACAGGGAAGAAGCCAUACAAAUGCUUUGAGUGUGGCAAGAGCUUUUAUUGUAGCUCAGACCUUACUUCACAUCACAGAAUCCACACAGGAGAGAAACCAUAUAAAUGCUUUGAGUGUGGGAUGAGCUUCAGUCACAGCACAAGCCUAACUUCACACCAAAAGAUUCACUCAGGAGAGAAACCAUAGAAAUUCCUGGAGCGUGGCAAGAGCUUCUGGUGAGCUAUACACAUCUCUCAUCAAAGAAUGCACAACACAGAGACACUAUGCUCACCUAAUGGUAAAAGCUUUCACAAUGUAUCAAACCUUCCUAGGUAUCAGUGAAAGAGUCUACUGCACAUUUUAUUCUUUACUGUGACCUCUACAGGGAUGCCCGUUUAGAUUUUAUUUCACCUUUGUUGAAGUCUUUUCCUGGCCGCUCAGAUGACUUUUAUCUUGAUUUAUUAUUGUCUAAAUUUGAUAUUGUGAGUAGUAAUUGUGAGUACUAAUUCUAUAUUGCAUGCAAGUUGUGUAUUGCCAUUUUAUGAUGUCUCUUUUCUUUUUUGUUCUGGUCCUUUAUCGAAAUAAAAGCUGAUUGAUUGGUAUCAGUGAAUCUACAGAGAGAGUGUGAAACUGUAUUAAUGAUAUGUUAGGAAGAAAACAGUUAUUGCUGAAUUCACAAGGUGAACACUAAGGUCAUAUCUCUAUUUGUUGCAAUCCCUGCAUGAUAAGCUUGGUCUCAUUUAUUCUGCUGCUGUAUAUGUUGUUCUAUUAAUAACUCCAUAAAGGUGGCUAAAAAAUGUUCCAGUGCCAGCACUGGUUGAUUAGUAUAGAUGGAUUUGUGGUUUAGCAUUAUUAAUAAAAUUGACUUAUUAUGGAUUAUGGACGAGCUAAGGAGAAUAUAAAUGCAGACAAAUUUAAUUGUGUUUUAAUAGUUUUAACGUUUUAAAUUUUAUUUUUUGAAAUAUGUUAAUCUUUUUAUUGGUUGUUUUUAUUGUCUUGUAAACCACCCAGAGAACUUGCAUUUUGGGUGGUAUAAAAAUAUGCUAAAUAAAUUAAAAAAAUA